AUGCCCGUUCAACAAAUGGCAAACUGUUGUGGUUGUGUUAGGUUAAAGGCCGGUGCCUUGAUUAUAUCCAUAUUAUGGCUUAUUGACGGUCUUAUUGGUAGUUUGAGCAAUAUCUUCGUUCUCGCCUCAAAAGAAAUAAUUGAUUUUACAGAUUUAGUGACGGAUUCAAGCCGUUACAAUCGUGGAUUUUCUAUUCUGCCAGCCAUUCUUUAUUUAUUGAUAGCAUUCGGAGCGGUAUUUGGAUUAUUCGCAAUAACCCUCGCAUAUGGUAUUGCAGGAGCUGAAAUUGUUGUUCAUGCCUAUAUGAUUAUUCUUAUUAUCGUACAUAGAUCAUCGAUCAUGAAAGAAUGUGAACGGUACAUUGAAACCACUUCUCCUGAAUUUGGAUACGCAUGUCCCCAAGGAUACAAUUAUACCUUAACAUUCAAUAUAGCCUAUGCCAUCGUUGUAAUCCUUUUAUCGGUGUAUUUUGCUAUGGUAGUCUCAGCUUAUGCACGUAAAACUCGAGAAGAAACCGAAACUCAAAAAGAACAAGCUGAAUAA